AUGCCAAAGCCGAGCAUAGAAGCUUCUUUCCAAAAAGUGUCAAUGGGUAGACACAAAAAUAGUGACAUUGAGGAUUUACACUUAAUAAUAGACCGGGACAAUGAUGGGAAGAGUGAAGGGUAUCAAAGAUAUCAUGAAGGACAUAUCCAGACUCAGACAGCUGCCCAUAAUAAGAAUCUCACUGUCCAAAAUGGUGAACGAUACAAAACAUUUUGGAAAACCUCCCUUUUUAAGUCAGCUGUUUCCAAAAACCAGUGUGAUUCUGCAAGUAAAAUCUCAAAUCAAGUAUUCAAACAUACAUAUUUAGGGAAAGAAAGUUUGGAAAAUCUGGAAAGUUACCUAGUCCCUGCUGAAAGUAAUUAUUUGAACCAUUCUGACAAAAGGAUUGGAUUGACUGUUCAGUCAAAUAUUUCUGAAAAUCAGAAAUUGAAAAAUGAAGAACAAAGUGCUAAGUGGGAUCCAUGUGAGAGCUGCUUCACCAAGGAGUCGACCCUACAGAAUUACCAGAGCAUUUUCAGUGGAGGCAGAAUUGCUCAAUGCAUUGAAUCUGAGGAAACAUUUAAGCAGAGCUCAAAUGUUGAUAAACAUCUGAGGACUCAUUUUCCAGGAAACCAUUAUGAAUGUAAUAAAUGUGGGAAAGUCUUCUAUCAAAACUCUAACCUUAUUAUACAUAAGAGUAUGAAUAUGGGAGAGAAUCCUUAUAAUAAAUGCGUGAAUGCUCUUAACCAGUCCUCCAGUGUUGGUGACCAUCAGAGAAUUCAUGUGGGAAAAAACCCAUUUGGAUGUAAAAAACCUGGGAACACGUUUAGUCAAUCAUCAAGACUAAAUAUACCUAAGACAAUCCAUACUGGAGACAAAAGUUUCAUUUUUAAGGAAUGUGGCAAGGACUUUAACUGGCACUCAGCACUACCUCAACAUCAGGGGAUGCAUACUGGAGAGAAACCGUACAGAUGCGAAGAAUGUGGUAAAACCUUUAAGGUCUGCUCAUCAGUAAAUAGACAUAAGCGAAUCCAUACUGGAGAGAAACCUUACAAAUGUGAAGAAUGUGGCAAGGCCUUUAACCAGCAGUCAAGCCUCACUGAACAUCACAGAAUUCAUAAUGGAGAGAAACCUUACAAAUGUGAAGAAUGUGGCAAGGCCUUUAUCCAGCGCUCACACCUUAUUAGUCAUCACAGAAUCCAUACUGGAGAGAAACCUUACAAAUGUCAAGAAUGUGGCAAGGCCUUUAACCACCACUCAGGCCUCACUCAGCAUCACAGAAUUCAUACUGGAGAGAAACCUUAUAAAUGUAAAGAAUGUGGCAAGGCCUUUAACCAUGACUCAAGCCUUACUCAGCAUCACAGAAUCCAUACUGGAGAGAAACCUUACAAAUGUAAAGAAUGUGGCAAGGCCUUUAAUCAGCGCUCACACCUUAUUAGUCAUCACAGAAUUCAUAUUAGAGAGAAACCAUAUAAAUGUAAAGAAUGUGGCAAGGCCUUUAGCCAGCACUCACACCUUAUUCGACAUCACAGAAUUCAUACUGGAGAGAAACCUUACAAAUGUGAGGAAUGUGGGAAGGCCUUUAAUAGGCAUUCUUACCUUACUCAACAUCACAUAAUUCAUACUGGAGAGAAACCUUACCAAUGUAAACAAUGUGGCAAAGCCUUUAACCAGCACUCAAGCCUUAUUCACCAUAACAGAAUCCAUACUGGAGAGAAACCUUAUAAAUGUAAAGAAUGUGGCAAAGCCUUUAAACAUGACUCUACACUUACUCAGCAUCACAGAAUUCAUACUGGAGAGAAACCUUACCAAUGUAAAGAAUGUGGCAAGGCCUUUAUCCAGCACUCACAACUUAUUAGUCAUAACAGAAUUCAUACUGGAGAGAAACCCUACAAAUGUAAAGAAUGUGGCAGAGCCUUUAAUCACAACUCAAGCCUUACUUACCAUCACAGAAUUCAUACUGGAGAGAAACCUUAUAAAUGUGAAGAAUGUGGCAAAGCCUUUAAACAGCACUCAAAACUUACUCGACAUCACAGAAUUCAUACUGGAGAGAAACCUUAUAAAUGUAAAGCAUGUGGCAAGGCCUUUAAACAGCAGUCACACCUUACUAAUCAUUACAGAAUACAUACUAGAGAGAAACCUAACAAAUGUAAAGAAUGUGGCAAGGACUUUAAGCAAUGGUAAACCAUGAUUCCUGAUCAGAAAAUGUAUUGUGGAGAGCAUUUUACAAAUAAGAUGAAAGUGGCAAGCCCCUUACAGUACUUAAUAAGCCUUACUCAGCAUCGGAGAGUUCCUAUGGAUGAGAAACAUUACAAAAGUAGAGGAUGUGGUAAACCUCUAGAGGCACAUACUCAACAUCAUAGCUAUCAUACAGGAUAGUAGCCGUAAAGUAUAAAAGUUGCAAUGCCUUUAACUGGAAUUCAAUCCUGAAUCAGUAUCCCAAAAUGCACACUAGAUUCAAAUCCUACAAACGUAUGAAUGAGGAAAGACCUUUUUUUUUUUU